UUAUACUUGGAUUCAUGUUUGGUUAACAGAAAAGUUUUGAUUUGUUGUGUAUUUUGACGUUAAUUAAACAAGUAACAUAUGGUGCUAUCUGAGCAAUAGAGAUUUGGAUUCAUGUUUGGUUUUUGGAUUGUAUUUUUUGCUGGUAAACAUGACAUAGAGCAUUCUUCUAUAAUUGUUGUCUGUAGCUAGUUUUCAACAUUGCAUGACUUGAUUUUUAACUGUUGAAUACUAAAAGUUUGUGUUUCUACUAAUCGGGCUAUGAUAAAAUCCGGAUGCCAUUGCUUGAAUCUUUUCAUUUCUGAUGUCUAUUUUACAGUCUCAACUAAUAAGGGAGAGAUUUUUCAAUGUAUCACACAGCUCAGUAAAUCAAAUGUCAUAAUGUAAGUGGAGAUAAAAAAAAUUUCUCAACUGCCUAUUCACUUAUAUUAUGACACCUGAUGUACCAGAUUGUGUUCCUGAUACAAUAAAAAAAUCCCUCCUAUUAAUGAUAUUUUUCUAGCUAUACUUCCUGAUAUGAUAUGAUAUGCCCUAAAUAAUUACUGCCGGUGUUGAAAUGUGCAGUCCUUUGAUCUUAUUGGCUAGAGAGAAAAAAGAGGGCAUCGUAAUGGCAUUGGUGGUCCAAGUGGUCCUGGUAGGCAAAAAGCAGGAAUGCAUGGGUUUGCUGCGUUCCCAAUCUUAUAUUGUAAUCUAAAUGUUUACUGAAUCUUAGCAGGGAAGGUUGCAUCUGUUAUUCGUUGCACUGCUGUGUCAAUGGAGAAUUAUUAUGAUUUACAAAUGAUGAAUUUAUUUAAAUCUAGACAGUUCAGAUUUUUGAAAAGAAUCUUACGUCAUAUUAAAAGACCUACGUGAUAAACGUGAAUUCAGUUUGUCUUAAAAGAGAAUGGCAAUGCAGCUAGCAGCUUCAAUUUCUGCCACUCGACUCAAAUCCUAGCUCUCUGCAAGCUAUUCUCUCUCCACCUUGCAAACUGAAAACCUCGUCGUACCUAUUUAGGGUCAUUUAGUACAUAUAUAUUUGAGUUAUUAUGGAUGGAAACAUCAAUAGAUCAGUAACUUUAGAUGAGGAGAACCCGGAAGGACAGAAAACAGGCAGGUUCGUCAGUAUGGUAACUCCAGAUGUGGAGAACCCGGCAGCAAAGAAAAUGAGCAGAGAGGCUGGAGAACGUUCGAAAUCGAUGUGCAGCAGGGGCCUUAACUUGAUAAGGAAGAUUCGUAACUCGCAGCUGGGGCCUUACCUUCCAAGAUGGAGCAGUAUAUAUGUGACAUCAUGCGUAUUUGCUGUCUCUCUUGAUCCUUUCUUCUUUUAUGUUGUGGUCGUCGAUCAGAAUCAGGAUAACAAGUGCUUUGAAAUAGACAAAACGUUGGCUAUUGUUGUUUCAAUUAUGCGAUCGAUCACGGAUGUCAUUUUCGCAGCGCAUUUCAUAUGUGAAAUCUGUAAGGGUGUUCAAAAUCCAAAUCCAAAAACCCUGAAAAAAGGAGCCUCUUCGAAGAUGGAACAAACCGGGAGAAAUUCAGAUAAGAAAACGAAAAUCAGAGAGUUGACUGAUCAAGUGGUCAUGAAAAUAGCUCAGAAGAUGCCGUGGUUAUCUAUCUUUACUGUAAUAGACUUUUUCGCUCUUCUUCCCCUCCCACAAGUGCUAAUAAUAGAUAUGUUUUACACAGUGGAAGGCUCAGGAUAUGUGGAAUACAACAAGGUCAUGAAUGUCCUGAAUGUUAUUCUUCUCUGUCAAUAUUUUACAAGGAUUUAUCUACUAUCGGCCAUAGAAUACGAAAUGACUAAUAGCAUAUGGGUUAAGGGUCUAUACAACUUGUUUCUCUACAUUCUUGCCAGCCAUGCACUCGGAGCUUUUUGGUACCUUUUUUCCAUUCAACGAGAGAUAUCAUGUUGGCACGAGGCUUGUGUAAAUCAUAGUAUAGAUCACAGGGAAUGUAUGAAUACUUACUAUUGUGAUAGUCGGAAUACUACGGCAAGAAAUAUAAGAUUUCUAAAUAAGCAUUGCCCGUUGGAUACUCCAGAUGGUGCUUUAUCUCCGUUUAACUUUGGAAUAUUUCUUGAUUCCUUAAAGAAUCUAAACACGGAGCAUAUAAAGUUCGAAAAGAAGUUCUUUUACUCUUUAUGGUGGGGCUUGCGAAAUCUGAGUAAUUAUGGGACCAAUCUGACAACAAGUACGUAUGUGUGGGAAAACGUGUUUGCGAUUUUCAUUUCUGUCGUUGGCUUGCUACUGUUUUAUUAUUUCAUUGGAAACAUGCAGACUUAUAUGCAGAUAAAAACUACAAAAUCAGUGGAGGAGAUGAAAACUACAAAAUCAGUGGAGGAUAUGAAACAAGAAGAGUUAAAAAAAGAAGAGUUGAGACAAAAGACUAUGCUGAGGAAGCUAGACGCACAGUGUUGGAUGGCCACAAAUGAAGUCCCUCAUGAAAUAAGGGAAGAAAUCUUGAGAUGCAUAAACGACCACAUUGAUGCUGAUCUCCAUAAGUUUCUAUUCUCUUUUCUUCCCGUGAAAACCAGAACAUCUCUGAAGCAGUGGCUUUGCAUGAAAACACUUAAGAAAAUAAAAAAGCUUCAACACAUGGAUGAAAAAGUGUUGACGUUGAUGUGCGGCUAUCUGAAGCCAGUGACGUACAUUGAGAACAGCAUCAUUUUUCGAAUGGGAGAUCUACUCGAUAGCAUGCUGAUCAUUAUCGAAGGGACAGUGUGGACUUACGCGUCGACUGAUAGUCAAGCUGGGCAAGGAAUCUCAUUAAUGGACACCGAGCCCCUCGGGAAAGGUCACUGUUACGGGGAAGAGCUUCUCGAUUGCGCAUCAGACUGUUUCACAAAGCUUCCAGUCUCUAGCAAGCAUGUCAAAUGCCACACAAAAAUAGAAGCAUUUGUGCUCCUGGCCAAGGACUUGGAAACUGUAGUUUCCAGGUACCCGCUACUGUGGCAGAAAAGCGAGAAGGUUUCUCAUAAGGUGGAGAACAUAGCAGCUUCUACCAUAGCAAAAGCAUACCGUCAUCAUCUAGAGCGGCGGGCUGAGGCCUAAGUGAACUAGGUGGUUUAAGCAAGUUUUUGUUAUAAUAGAAGGCACUAAACGCUUAAUCUAUUAUAAACCCGGUUACAUUUAAUAGAAAACUUCAUUUAAUCCUUGGAAAAUAUGACUUUUAGAUUAAAAUCAUGAGUAAGAUUAAAAUCUAAUUGUAGUCCCUUGAUACAUUAAUAACCUUAUUUAUUAAUUAUAUUUUGAUUUUUUAA